AUGGCCAUCGAUCCGCCGUGUCGCAGCGGAUGCCCGCCUUCUGGUCCCAGACCAGUGGCUAACCUACAUUUGGACUGUCAGAUUGAUGAUCCCGGCCGCAUCUGUCGCAGUGAAGUGUUCAGCAGUAGCAGCAGCAGUAGCAGCAGCAGCCUAACCCUGUGUGAACCUGGCGAGCUGACGCUGGAUCUGGCACACAAUGGAGACGGUGAUGGUGACGUAGACGGUGACGGAGUGGGUGAUGGAGACGGUGACGGAGUGGGUGACGGUGACGUAGACGGUGAUGUAGACAGUGACGGAGUAGGUGACGGUGAUGGAGUGGGUGACGGAGACGGUGACGGAGUGGGUGACGUAGAUGGUGACGGAGACGGUAACGGAGACGGAGUGGGCGACGUACACGGUGACGGUAACGGAGACGGAGUGGGUGACGGUGACAGAGUAGGUGACGGUGAUGGAGUGGGUGACGGAGACGGUGACGGAGUGGUUCACGUGGACGGUGACGGUAACGGAGACGGCGAUGGCGACGAUGAUGUGCCAAACGGAGAUGGUGAUGGAGAAGGUGAUGGCGACAAUGAUGAUCAAAUGGAUGAAGCAAAUAGUGAUGAUGAUGAUGAUGAUGAUGAAGCAGUGCUGUUUAAUACAAGUGUUGUCCUUAAACUUGGCCAGGGAAUUGAUGUGGGCGAAAUUAUCGAAACCCUGGUCGAGGAGGCAACUGCUAUAGAAUGUGGAAAAUGCGUGAUUGACGUCAGUAUACAAAUAAGGAAAGGUCAUCCCUAACUUCCCCAUCUACAAUGGAGAUGCCCCCUGUUCACUCUGUCAGAAAUAGUGUGUACCUCAUGUAACCUACUGAGGAUUACUUCAAAUCUUGUUCAUGUAAACCAUGAAAAUAUAAAAGCAUAUA